AUGUUUUAAUAUAAGAAGGAAGAUGGUGUUGAAUAUACAUUUGAAAUUCCUUUGGCUAAAAAUUGUAAAAUAGAUCAAAUAGUUUAUAAUGGAGAAGUAAAUCAAUAGAGAAUUGGUGAUUAUCAUAUAAGGGAAGGUGGUAAAGUAAAUCAAUGAAAAAAUACAGUAAUUAGUUUGGAGCAGAUUAUUUGAUUUAUGAAGACAAACCUGAAGUAUGCCAUUCAAAAUAUACUUUAAAUAAACAUUGUGAUAACUUAAUAGGGAUUAAUAGACUAGCUGAGAAAACUGAUAAAAUAAGUUUAAUAACUGACAUGAAAAUAAUAAGAAAAUAUAGAAGAAUAACUAGAAAAGAAAAACGAAAACAAUAAUCACAUAUAAUAUGA